AUGACAGAUGGGGCAAAAUUUGCAUUCAUUCAUGCUGCUCAUCGAUGGCCGGAUGCCAUUCAUGCGGCUCUGUGGCCAGCCGCUCUCAAAAACUACACUAAUCUGAAGAAUUUGCUUCCAACCAAAUACACGCCUGAAAUCAAAGUGAGAGGACGCAUCAAGCAACAUGCCAAAUACAAAGACUCUCCCAUAUCAAAGAUGGCCCAAGUUGAAGUGGAACCGAAUCUUGAUCAUUUUCAUUCUUUUGGAUCUCCGGUGUACGGGCUUGAAGACAGCUUACAAGCCCAACGUUCACACAACAAAUGGGCGGAUCAGAGUCGAGUAGGCAUAUUCCUUUGCCACUCUCCCAAUUAUGCAUCCAGUGUACCAUUAGUGCUGAACACAAGAACAGGCAACGUGUCUCCCCAGUUCCAUUGUAUCUACAACGAUGCUUUUGACACUUGUAAGAGAGAUGUCCAUUUUACCUCAUCUUGGCAACGCAAAGCUCAGAAUCAGAAUCAACAGGAGGUUCCGCUGCCGGCCGUACCCCAAUUCAUCACACAAUGGGACGACGAACAUACCAUUGGAGAACUAACCGACGACUUCAACACUACAGAAGAUCCCAAGACAAUUAUCUCUCCUCCGAGAGAAAACCAAGAAUCUGAACAUGCAUCAAUUCAGGAACCCGAAAUACGAAGGACCAGAUCAGGACAACAUUCCAGACCAAAUCCAAGAAUAUUCAACGACCAAAUGGCAACCGCCAACUCUGCAUAUCUAGAAACUUUUUCACCAGCUCUCGACCAUGAAGAGCUCCAAGGGCAUGAACUACUACAAGCGGAUCACUCAGAGGAGCCACACCCAUUUGCAUCAAUCUUUGCACUUGCUGGAUCAGCUGAUCCAGACACUUUGACAUUUGACAAAGCAAUGAAGGCUCACGACCGAGCCAAAUUCAUCAAAGCCAUGUACAAAGAACUUGGCGAUCACAUUGGAAGAAAGCAUUGGAAGGUUGUACCCAUCAGAAGUAUUCCAACAUACAGUGGCAAAACAGCAAUUCCCAUGGUUUGGGCGAUGAAAAGAAAGAAGAACCUCCUUGGGGAGAUAGUCAAGUGGAAAGCUAGAUUGUGCGCUGGCGGCCAUUGA